AUGGUAGGAAAGAAUGAGAAAUCUAUGACCCCUUCAGACUACUCAAUCAACCGCGAAACAGCAAGUUUAUCCAAUAGAGAAGCAUUCAACAUUGAUGACAUAUUAGGAAAUAUAUCUUCGAAGACUACAAAGUUGAACGAUAUUCCGUCAUCUCCAACUAGAAGGGGAUCAUAUACCAAAGGAACAGGACAUAUAAAGGAUGAAAACUCUGAGGAUGAUGCUAAUGGUGAAGAUGACUCCUUGAUCGAUAUCUUGACUCAAAGAUUUACUCAACAUACCGAACGACUGCGACAGGACAGUAUCGAUAAUGUAAAUAAUAUCAGUCCUAGUAAAAAGGCUUUUGAACUCGAAACCAAAAAGGAAGUGCAUGUGAGUUUGGAAGAUUCUUCCGAUAAAGACAAAACUUCUUUCAAUAUCUCUAACUCCUCGGACUCUUUGCUAGCAUAUUUAGAAGAUUCUGAUGCUGACGUUGAUAAGCAAAACAAUACUGAGGAAAAAGUUGCUCAGGUAGAAGAACUUUUGUCAGAAAAGCUGAGAAUGAACUCAGAAACACCUGAUCAAGAGCUGUCAGAAUAUAUUGGACUUGCACAUUGUGCUAUUAAGAGGAAAGGUGUUGUCAGACUUGUUAUUCUAAAUGUAAGAGAGCUCCAAUUACCAAAAAUAGGACAACAGAAGAUCCUGCUCUGUGUGGAUGAAAAUGGCGAUAAUAGCUCAGUAAUCGUUCGAAAUCCAUGGGUUUAUCUGAAGUUUGAACGAGGGGAUGUUAUACACAUUAUAGAGGGUAAGAACUUUGAAAAUAAAAGGUUACUCUCCAACGAUGAGAAUCCAAAGACAAGACUGGGAAAUGACAAUCUGUUAAUUUUGAAUCCCGACUUACUUCUAUCCGCGACAUCUGUUGGAUCAUCAAUGGAAUGUCUCAGACGAGGUGUUAUACAAGCCAUUUUCAAAGAUUCAAGAGGAGAACCAAGUAUAGUAAUGACGAUAGGGAAUAUCGUUCAUGAAUUACUACAAGAUUCAUUUAAAUAUAUGCUGACACACCAAAAUCUUACAAUGGGAUACAUCGAGGAGAAACUAGAUUCCUUAUUGAAAUCUUUUUCAUUUGAUAUACUUAUAUGUAACCAAAGUACAGCAGAUGUUAGAAAGCAAAUAAUGGAAGAACAUGUUCCAAAUAUCUCCGAAUUUGUUAAUCAAUUCAUUAGUAAAAACAAUUAUGGUCGGUAUGUUUCUGUAUCCGGUUUGCGAAAAACGCAACCCCUCUCAAUAUCCGAUGUUAUUGAUAUCGAAGAGAAUAUUUGGUCAUCAAUAUAUGGCCUAAAGGGGUAUCUUGACGCAACAGUCGAGGUCAAAGUUGAAAUGGGAAAGACCAUUGCACCUUUUGAGGUGAAAACAGGGAAGUUCAGAAGUGUAGCGCAUGAGGCACAAGGUUUAAUCUAUACCCUUUUAUUAAAUGAUAAGUAUGAGAUCCCUAUUGACUUUUUUCUUUUAUAUUAUACCAGGGAUAAAACGAUGACUAAAUACCCAGGAUCCUUACACUCUGUCAAACAUGUUUUAAUGCUUAGAAAUCAGAUGGCAAGUAAUCUGAAGCAUCAGUUACAUGAAAUAAAAACAACCGAUAAAAUUAAAAUGGAGCUACCGCCACUAGUUGGGAGUUCCAUUUGCGAUAAUUGUUAUGUCAAAGAAAUGUGCAUGGUUCUGAAUAAACUCGUCGAAGAUGGGACAUCUUCAGAAAGCGGGUUACGUCCGGGCGAAUAUGAGGCCUUAACAAAUCACCUUUUGAAGAACAUAGACAGAUAUAGACAGUUUUUCCUAAAAUUUAACGAUUUAAUUACAAAAGAAGAAUCGAGCAUCUCAAGUAUUAAUAACAAAUUAUUCUUACUCGAUUCAAAAACAAGGGAAUUGGAAGAUGGUCGAUGCUUAUCCAACUUAAUUAUUGAUGAGAUCACAGAACAAGAGAACCGAGAGGGUAGCUAUAUUUAUAUGUUUAGGAGGCAUGAUGUAACCAAUGAUGCAAGAUCGAUGCUUCACUCUCAACUAAGUGCUAAUGAUUUUGUCCUGAUCAGUGAUGAAGAAGGACAUUUCUGUUUAUCGCAAGGAAUUGUUGUUUCAAUAGGAACCGACUACAUCAAUGUAUCCUUAAAGAGGAAACUAUUAAACAAUAGGAUAACAUCAACGGAAGAUAAAAAAAUAUCUAUUCAAAGUGUUGUAAAUCCAAGUUUAGAUGUUUCAGAUACACUCUUAACACAAAACCUUGUCACUUAUAGAAUUGACAAGAAUGAACUCCAACAAAGUUUAUCAUUAGCCAGAUUUAAUAUUUUAAAUUUAUUUCUUCCAGCUGUCUCCACUGGCGAUGUUGUAAUAGAUGAAAACACAGGGGAAACUAGAAUCCUAAAAGGAUCCGAAGGUGGUGAUGCAAGGAUGAGAGAUUUUCUUGUCGAUAACGUUUCGCCUAAGUUUGUUCCUGAUAAUGAACCACCUAUUAUUUCGUACCAAAAAUAUAAAGAUACUCGAAUGAAUACCGACCAACUGAAAGCCAUCGAUCACGUUAUGAGGGCCGAAGAUUAUGCACUGAUUUUAGGAAUGCCAGGUUCAGGAAAAACUACCGUUAUUGCAGAAAUUAUCAAAAUUUUAGUAUCACAAGGAAAGAGCAUCCUAUUAACAUCAUAUACCCAUUCCGCCGUAGAUAAUAUUCUUCUUAAGCUCAACGAGUUAAAUAUUAAUAUUAUGAGAUUGGGAUCACCUCACAAAACUCACGCACAAACCAGACAAUAUCUCCCUAAUUAUGAUUCAAUAAAGACUUAUGACGAAUUUUUAGAAAUGAUUAAUAAUGUAUCUGUUGUAGCCACCACUUGCCUUGGUAUCCAAGAUGUUUUAUUUACAUUACGAAAGAAAGAUUUUGAUUAUGUUAUCUUGGAUGAAGCCAGUCAAAUAUCAAUUCCAGUGGCCUUGGGUCCCCUAAGAUUUGGUAAUAAAUUUAUCAUGGUAGGUGACCAUUACCAGUUGCCCCCUUUAAUAAAGAAUGAAGCGGCCCGAAUAGGUGGACUAGAAGAAUCACUUUUCAAAGUAUUUUGUGAAAGACAACCUCAGAGUGUUAUUGAAUUAACUUAUCAAUAUAGAAUGUGCGGUGAUAUCGUUACUUUGUCGAAUCUUUUAAUAUACGAAAACAAAUUAAAAUGUGGAACUGAAGAAGUCUUUAAUCAAAAAAUGAUAAUUCCACAAAUAGAACCCUUAACCCAUUUUAAAGAAAAUAAAAAGAGUCAGUCUUGGCUAACUGAUAUCUUAGAUCCUAAGAAAAAAGUAUUAUUUCUGGACUAUGACAACUGCACUUCAAUAUGCGAACAAUAUGAAAGUGAUAAUGUCACCAACAUGGGUGAAAAUGAAAUUGUAAGGCAAUGUGUAGAGGGUAUGCUACAAUGCGGUGUAUCAUCUGAAAACAUUGGUGUUAUGACCCUUUAUCGGGCACAAUUACGACUUCUUCAAAAGACAUUUAAUUCUAUGUAUUUUCAAGGUUUGGAAAUCCUAACGGCAGACCAAUUUCAAGGCCGUGACAAGGAUUGUAUUAUCAUCUCCAUGGUUCGGAGUAAUAGUCAAUUAAAUGGAGGUUCUUUAUUGAAAGAAUUAAGGCGCGUCAAUGUUGCAAUGACGAGAGCUAAAUCAAAAUUGAUUAUUGUUGGUUCAAAGAAGACUAUAUGCAAUAUAUCCGAGAUAAAACCUUUAAUGACUUUAUUGGAAGAUAAAGGUUGGAUAUACAAACUUCCCAAAGAUUGUUUAGAUAUAUAUAGUUUCCCCAGACACACGUCAUCUCAGAAACAAAUUGGUGGUAAUAAAACAGGUGCGAAGAGAAUUACAGCAGAUAGUCGAUUAGUCAAAAACAAACCCAUAAUUAAACAGGCAUUAUCUGAAAUAUAA